AUGUCGCCGGAAAAGCGCCUUUCUAUGUUUUUGUUGGAAAUGCCAUAUAUAUUUAGAUAUACAUGGAAUCUACGAGCCAAAAAUUCCCUUUUAUAUGAACUAUUUUGUUCCAUGACAGGUUAUAAUCAAUGCUUAGAAACAUUUUUCUUUAAAAAAGGGAUACCAACAAUAGAGAAGAAUCCUACUUUUCAAAAAGAUCCAUAUUUUUACAAAUUUACAUCUAUGAUUGAAGAUGAUUCAGAUGACGAAGACAAAAUUAUAAGGAUAAGUAGAGAGAAUAUGGAAGACGGAGAAAUGUCUUCUGGAGCUAGUCAGUAUAAAGGACCAUGUGGGCAUGUUUUUAAAAAAGAAGAAGCCCUUUAUCAUUGCAGAAACUGUGCAUUAGAUGAUACAUGUGUUCUUUGUUCAAAAUGUUUUAGAUUAUCUGAUCAUGAAGGUCAUGAUACUAUGAUGAGUUUAAAUACUAGAGGGGGUGGAUGUUGCGACUGUGGAGAUCCAGACGCAUGGAAAGUGGAUAUUAAUUGUUCAUUGCAUUCUCAAAAGAAAUCUAAUUAUAACAAACUAAUAGAUAAAAAUUCAGAAUUAUCAAACAUUCCAAAAGAACUGUUGAUUUAUAUUAAAAUGACGAUUGAAAGGGCACUGGAUUAUGUCUUAGAUGUAUUAUCAUGUUCUCCUGAAAAACCUCACCUAUUGGAUCUUCAAAGUCUAAAAUACUUAGAAAGAUCGUCAAGAUUGUAUCCAGAUAGAUACGGAACAGAAGAUUAUCCAUAUGCAAUUUGGUCUGUUAUUUUAUGGAAUGAUGAAAACCAUACCUUUCAAGAAGUUAUAGAUCAUGUAUCUCGAGUAACACAUAGAGACGAAGAAUUUGGUAAACGUGUAGCAAAUAGAGUUGAUAAAAAAGGAAGAGAUACCAUUAUUGUUUCAGAUAACCUGGAUUUAGUGCAAAAUAUAUGCGAAAAAAUUGGACAGAUAAAAUUAAAAGCUACAAUACGAUGUGCUAGAGACACAUUUCGGGAAAAUAUGUGUGGAGCAAUUAUUGAAUGGCUUAAAGAUAUGUCUUUAUAUCAAAUAAAAGAUAGUGAAAAUUACAUACGAAAUACUAUUUGCGAACUAUUUUUCGAACCAUGGAAAAAAGGAACAUGUGCAUCAAUGAAUUUUUUUUUUAAUAGCCAUACCAAUAACAAUUCUUAUGAUAAUCAACUAACUAAGGAAUUGAAAAGCAAAGAUAACGAAACGGAAAAAAACAUGUUUGUAACUAUAGAAAGAGGAAAUAUUUCAGUAGGUAGCAAUGAUAAUUUAAAUCAACUAAUUUUAAAGUCAAUGGCUCAAAAGUAUCUUUCACAACCAUCUUAUGAAAUUGUACCAGAAUCGCACUGGAUUAUUACGAAAUCAUCUGAUGUAGAAGAUAUAUCUACAGAAAAUAAGCGUGAACUAAGAAUUGAUAAAUUAUUGUCUUUUGAUAUAAAGCUUUGGAAACAAAUCAGAUCUACACUAAGAGAAUUAUAUAUUAGUACAAUGAUCAUGACAUCUUACUACAAACAUUCUUUGGCUAUUCGUUUUUCCUAUUUAUAUAAUUCUUUGGCUGAAGAAUAUAUAUUUAAUGAAACGGAGCCAGAUCAGUCAAUAAUAAACUUUUCUGUUCAGCUUUUCACUGUACCAGAUAUAUCUUUAAAACUUGUACAAUCUUAUGACUUUUUAACUAGCCUUCAUAGAUUCAUAUAUGCUUUUCUCACACAUGGUCAUAUUGAUAUAUCUAAUACUAUUAACUCUAAAGAAGUACUUAUUUCUAAUACAUCAAAUCUUCCUAAAAGAGGAUAUUGUCAAAUAUUUGGGGAUAUUAGAUAUAUUCUUAAUACAAAAUCAGUUCAAAGAAUAAUCCCAAUCAAUCCUAAAUAUUUAUUGCAAUUCAUAGAUUUAUUAAGACUAUUUCAAGGAAUGAAUCCUUGUCAUAGAGUUACAGGAGCUCAUGUAGAAUACGAAUCUGAAAGUUGGAUUUCAGCUUUUCAUUUAACUAUAGAAGUAACGAAACUAAUAAAAACAUUUUCCGCAUCUUAUAAAAAUGCAUCUGCAUCAGAACUAUGCAAUGCAAUAGGGAUAGUUAUGAAAUAUCUUCUGCAAUGGUCUUUAGGGUACGAAACAGAACGUUUUCCUACAUAUGAACCUAUUUCUAUUCAUUAUCUUAAUAAUGAAAUUGCAUUCCAUUCUGGAAAUACUUUUAAUGUCUCUAGAGAUCCUGUUAGUUUCCAUCAUCCUCUUCACUGGCUUCUUAUGUCUUUACUUGAAAAUACUGUCAUUCUAAACGAAUCAAAUUUAUUAGAAAAUGGUUAUUCUACUAUUUCAGAACUCUUAUCAUCAAAAUUUCAAGAAGUUAAUCCUGAAGCUAGCGAAAAUAUAGUAAAAAAGCAUCUUAUUAGAUUAAUAGGCGAUUAUCCUCUUUCUGUUUGUACAUGGAUAGAUCAAAUUCGUGCAGGACUUUGGGUUAGAAAUGGAAUAUCAAUUAAGGGACAAGCACAUCAUUAUCAUGAUCUUUCUUUACGAGAUCACACAUACGAUAAAGAUAUUAAAUGGAUACAACUUCUUACUGUCUGUGGAGAAGAUUUAGAUGAUUCCGUCCUUCAAAUUAUUCGACAAUAUGAUAUAAUUACUGAUGAACCGGUUUGGUCACUCAAAGAUGCAGAACAACAUCCUUAUUAUGACAAAUCACAAUAUUUUUUUAUGUUUGAAUCCCUAUUAUCCUUAUUUAUUACCUUGUUUUCAGAAAGAUCUAUAACACUAUCACAAGACAUUGACGAAAGUACAAAAAAGGAGCUUUCUCAAGUUUUAUGCUUUGGCCCUUUAUCAUAUUCUGAAAUUAUUAAAAAAAUUCCGGAGAAUUUAUAUAAUAAUGAAAACUUCAAUGACAUCCUUACUUCAUUAUGCAUUUAUCGUCCACCAAGAGGUCUUCAUGAUCAGGGAACAUAUACUUUAAAAGAUCAAUAUUUUGAUCUUAUAGAUCCAUAUUAUUAUCAUUAUUCUUGGAAUCAACAAGAAGAAGCAAACUCUAUUCUUAAGAAAAGAGCAAAUGAAAAAGGUCUUUGCUAUGAAAAAAACAGAAUAUCAAAUUUAAAAAUUCAACCAAUUAAAGAUGGCCCAUUUAAAGGACUAGGUCUUUUUACUCAAACAUUAACAUUCGUAAAAUUGAUUUAUUUAUGUCUAUUCUAUAGUAUGCAUCAAGAUCAAAAACCGGAAUCACUUAUUGAUAAGGCUAUCUAUCUUUGCAUUCUUUCAGUUAAACAGGAAAUUAUUCAACCACACGAAAACAAAUCCUACAGUUUCAUGAAGUUCGCUAAUUCAGAUUUUAGCAAAAUUCCAUUUUUCCAAGAUUCUAACAAAACAAAUACUACAUUAAUAUGUCUUAUUUCAGACAUGAUAAAACAAAAUGAUUUGCAAUUUAUUCAUGAUAAAAUUCAUACGCUUUUAUACAUAAUAAAGACAUUUAACGUUUCUUCUGUAGACUCAGAAGAAAGGGAAUUUACUAAAGAUGAUCAGAAUUCAUCAGUUUUAUUAAAAAAAAUGUCAUUGGAGUUUGAAAAAAGAAAAAAAGAAGCAAAAGAACGUCAUGCAAGAAUUAUGGCACAAUUUCAACAACAGCAGCAAAGUUUCCUAGAAAAAAAUUCAGAUUUUGACAUUCCGGAAAUUUUAAUGAUUAAUAAUGAUAUAAACCAGGAUAUCACUGAUACAAAGAGCUGGCAAUUUCCGUCUGGGAUAUGUAUUGUAUGCCAAGAAGAAACUAACGGGCUCCGUUUAUAUGGCUCAUUAGGAAUGAUUCAUCAAAGUCCAUUGCUUCGUAUGACUCCUUUGAAUGAUUUUAAUUUCAUACAAGAUGUUAUUGAUCUUCCACAUGAUUUAGACAAAAAUUUGGAUCAUAUACGACCUUUUGGGUUUGCUUCAAAGAGCAAAAAAAAACAUAAUACCUUUGAAAUUCAUAAAAAACAUGAAACUGAUGAAGACUACGAUAUAGCUAAAGGGUUCCCCCCAGAUUAUGUAUCCCAUGGAUUAUUUGCAACAAGUUGUGGUCACCUUAUGCAUGCUACAUGUUUUAAGAGAUUUUAUAAUUCUCUUGCAUUAAGAAUUCAUGGCCAGCUAUCAAGAAAUUCUCCUGAAGACAUUUCUAAAAAAGAGUAUCUAUGCCCUUUAUGUAAAAGUAUGGGAAAUGUUUUUUUCCCAAUAAUAUGGAAAGAAAGCAAAAAAGUAUAUCCCGGAAUUUGCAAACCAGAGACAUCAUAUGAAGAAUGGAUUUUAAACUCUCUUGAAUUAUCUUUAAUACCUUUUUACUCAAAUGUUAAAAAUGAAAAUAGCAAAAACACACAAUCGCCUCAAAAAAAAACAGAACUUUCAGAAACACUUUUAAAUGAAGAUCUUUUUAACGAUUUUUCUCAGAAAGAAAUGUAUAUAAAUAUAGUACAAACUAUGCAAGCAUAUACUUUCGAUUCUGUUGUGAAGCCUAUAGCCAAUUUACUAAAAACUUCAAUACUUUCACCACAUCGAAAUCAUUCAAUAGAUAAUUUCGUUGACCCUUUGCUUUCUGAAACUGGUUUGCGUAUUCCUUUACCUUUUUCAAUACAAUCAAGUUUCAAUAAUGAAAUGGAUAUAUUGCAAAUUAUGUAUAGAUUAUUAUCAGAAAUAUUAAGCAUGAAUUUUGGAAACACCUCUUCAAAACAUCCCGAAUCUAAUGUCUUUGGUCUUGAUAAAUUAUGGCAUUUGUUUAAUUAUACUAUAUCAGGCAUAGAAACAAUACAGAGGGGAAAAGCCUCAAUAUUAGAUGAAAUCGUUGGGUCUACUCUUGUUCAUGGAAUACCAGAACAAUCUAAGAUUUUACUUCGAAUAAUCUCCGAAACAAUUAUGACUUAUAUUACAAUAGGACUUACCUCAAAAUUUCAAAAUAAUAUUCAAAAAGAAUUUUCAAAAAAAGCAAAAACUAGAAUAUAUCAAUUAUUUUAUGGCCAUCCUAUUUAUAAGAAUAGCCAAAUAAAAAUCACCGGGCUUAAGCCUAUACUCUCAGAAGAUAUUUUUACUGUGUUAGUAGAUUCCAGCUUUUGCAUAUUACCUACGAUGGCUUUUGAUGCAUAUCAUUUGAUAAGAAUAUGUUAUUUGGCAGAAGUGACAAAAAUUACAAUUACUUUAUUACAGCAUUCUCAAAUUAUAAGAUCUAAUGGAGACUGGCCUAAUAAUAUUGAGGACUCUCUAAUAAAUUUUAAAAAAUUUGUCUUUCUUUGUUCUACAAAGUUGAAUGGCACGGAAAAUAUAGAAUAUGACGAUAUUGUUUUAUUAAGAUAUAAGUUUUUGAUCCGAAAAUAUGUUUUAAUAUUUAUGAGAAAAGUAGCAAUAUUGAUGUUUAGUAAAUUUGGGAUAGAAUUUCCAUCAGAAACAGAAGCACAAAGCUAUUAUGAUAACUCUAUAAAUGACGAACUUUCAAGACUUAAAAAACUCAUGAAUCUUCCAACUUUAGAGGAAAUUUAUUCUAUUUCUCAGGGAACUACUAAGCUAGACCUUAUUCAACAAGAUCUUAUUUUUGGUUGGAUUACACAUUUCAAUAACUUAACUUCCGAUAAUACUUCACAAUAUGUUCCUAUGUUAUCACUUAAUCAUCCAGCAAUUUUUGAACUUUUAGCUCUUCCAAAGCAUCUUCAAAUUCUUCUUGAAAAAAGUAUGGAAAUUAAAUGCCUUAAAUGCAAUACUGUUCCACAAGCACCUGCCUUAUGUCUUUUUUGUGGUUUAUUUAUUUGUAGUCGAUCAACUUGUUGUUCAGAAGGAGAUUUAGGAGAAUGUAAUAUUCACAUGCAAAAAUGCGGAAAAAGCAUUGGAAUAUAUUUUUUGAUAAAAGAAUGCGCAAUCCUGUUUAUACAUGGUUCAAAUGGAAGUUUCACAAAUGCACCUUAUCUUGACGCACAUGGUGAAACAGACUUUGAAUUAAGACGUGGAAGGCCCCUCCAUUUGUAUCAACAUAGAUAUGAUUUAGGAGUUAGAAAUCUAUUUCUUCAACACAGUAUACCUAGCUUUGUCGCUAGAAAGUUGGAAUCUAUUUUAGAUACAGGAGGAUGGACUACAUUAUAA